AUGAGCCUGGAUACUGGCGAGCGGGGACUGCGAAAAGAACAGUGGAGAGUAAGAAAGCGGAAACGAAGGAGAAUUGUCUCUCCGCGGUUCUUCGCUUUCUUGGCUACGCCCCGCUCCCACUAUCUGAAGGCCUUAAACAGGCUAAGAGACCAAGUAAUCCUCCGAUUACCCGUAGUCGCUAACCCAAGGGUCGGAACAACAUCUAAAUUUCUUUGUCACUAUGGUAUAGUUAAAUUAAAUUAUGCUGCUGUUAGGUUAAAUCAUGUAGAUCAGAGCAAACUCAAUAACGUAGCUGUAGUAGUAAGGCGUAGUAUUCCGGAUACACAUGUUAUCACGAGGUAAUCUAUCCGUGUCUUCUUAACUAGACCACUUGAGCAAACAGCAGCAAAUCGUAGCUUGAUAUUUCUUUGUGUGUGUGCAAAGCUUUCUCGUGUCGAUCCUGUGAGCUUUUAUGUAUAUUUCAUUCAUUUUUAUCUUCUUUUUCACUUUCAUUUAUUCAUUUGAGUGUCGCCCACGUUGUUCGAGGGGGAGGGUACUUUCACUGCUACAAAAUUCACUUCCCGUAUUCCAUAUUUUGGUUUUCGGGGCUUCGCGAGGCCUCUUUGUGUCUACGGGGAGUUGCUACGGAUAGGGAAAAAAGAAAGCGAUUGCUUACUAUAAAAAAAUAUAUGGCAUUGCAGCCGGGAAGCCUCUGUGAAGAGAGUUAAGGGUGUUCUCUGAGGUAUUUAGUCUAUAGUGGAACUUUUUCUUUGGAACACCUAUAUUCGAGGGACUCCUCUAUUUAGGGGACACAAAAUUUGGUCCCGGAAAAAAGUUCACAUAAUCUUUGCAUUUAUUACCUCUAUUGAGGGGACACCUCUAUUCAGGGGCAAGAGAAAGGGACACUUUUUCUGGGUCCCGAAAACCGGGUUUAACCUUCAUUCAGGGGACACUUUAGACCUCAAAAUUAAAAAGUGACUGACCACAAACAUCGUUUAAAGGGAAAAAUAUUUUGCUUGUUGGCUAAUUAUUAACAAACCCCAUCCCAACCUCCAUUCACGGGACACGCUAUUUUGGUCCCGAGGGUGUACCCUGAAUAGAGGUUCCACUGUAAUUUCUUUAACGUUUAUCGGUGUUGUACCCUCUCCCCCCACCCCCCUCACCUCCCUGCCACUCCGUGGCCUAACCUCUGAUUACUGCACGUACCUCCCUAGCGAGUGACUGAAGUUCUAAGCCCCGUAAUAUCCCCCCGUAAUAUCCCUUACCAAUUCUUCUUUGGUUUCAACGUGACUCAAAUUGACAUAAUUAUACCACUUAAAGUUACUUAGAACAACCUAAUUAAAAUUUGAGUAGUAACAUGGAGAUAAUCUUAAAGAUUAUCUCAUUACUAUGGUUCUCCCUUUGUGGCGAAAUAUAAUCAAAACAUAACACUUAAAAUAUGCAAUGACGUCAUCCUUAUAAUAUCGAGGGAAAAUUCCCGUGUUCACGUGGGUUCAAACUUCAUUUUGCAGCGGUAGCAAAUUUCUUCAACUGUGUCGACGGCAAAAGUAUGCUGUGCAUGUAUGUCAGAGCUGUAGUUUUUGGAUGUAUCUUCGUAACGGUGAGUACAGUUUCAAUUCCGCUGUAUUUUAGCUUUAGGAUAAAUCUUGUCUGCUUCUUAUGAUGUAUUGUGGUGAGAAAGAGAGCUUUUUAGAUUCAUGUUUUUAGUACACCUCUGUUUCAACCCGAAAGGCUAGUGAAGUGGUCGCUGCCUUAUUACUUCCAUUUGAUUUGUUCCUUCGCUUAUCGGUUUAUCACAUUUUAGCGAAGGUCUGUAGAAGCAAUUUAGAAUUAAAUAUUUCUAAAAACAAGAGCAUUUUUUUUCAACGUAGGCUUCAUGUGCAAGCCUGUGCAUGGCUGUAAUUUGAUGUUUGUAAUAAACAUCAUCGGUUGUUAAUUUCACUUGCGACCGAAAUGAAACGAACAAGUUGUUGUUAAUAUCUAUAUUUGUGUAUGAACUGAUCUUAAUCGUGUUCAGUUCGGUUGAGUCUGCGGUUUUUCGCUUGUGAAUCAACCUUUUCAGUUCGUAAGUUUUCGAACAGAAGCUUCGUGCGAACCUCAAAAAAGCACAUGGCUCCGAAGCUCUGAAACAUAAUCGCCGUCAGGAGACCACCACGGCAGUAUCAACCCGAUACUGUUUUCGGGCCGCAACUCGUCAUAAAAAUUAUAAAUUUUGCGCUUAGAAAUCAUGGUAUAUUCAAGGCUGAUAGCCCAGUUCCUUGCAAAGAAUAGACGCAAUGUUUGUGAUCGGUAGGUGGGUAUGUUUUGAUUCGCGAUUUGCAUCGAUUAAACAUUAACGUGUAUACAUAUCAACGUACAAGCGAUAAUUUACACAUUUGUCGUUUCAGCUUCGUUUAAUAUCUGUCUUGUUUAGAAAUACAAAGCACGAUAGGAUUGAACUGUUGAUAAAAACAACGCAAAAGCCGUUAUUCGGAGCAGAAAUUAAUCGACCUUUUAACUUUGCCUCAGGACAAAUUCAUUUGACAAAUCGCUUUUAUUUGCUCUGUAUGAAUUGUGUACGCAUUAGUCAGGCGGAAUAAGAUCAAAGAAAAGAUAGCGCGUGAAUACGGAAAUAAGGGAUGAUUCCUUCGUAACUGUUCUUUGCUUUUCUUCAUGUUCUCUUCCAAAUACUAGGCUUAAACUGCAAGCAAAUGGUUCAUUUUGCCAGCUAGAACUGUCGGCCAUUUGAGGCGCCUCCCACUUUGCAUAAGUUUAAACUUGUCCGCUCGUGGAACAAUAAUUUAAUAAUAGAACUUCCAAUUAGCCUUUGAAUUCGCUUCAUUGCUGCUCUUUGAAACACCAGUUGAGUGAAAACUGCACAAAGAAAAGCAAAAGCCGUAGAAUGUUUACUUUAUUGUGCUCUUUACAACACUACCGCUCGCUGAGCGACUCGUGCAAGCCGUGGUUUUGGCGUGCCGCGCUCGAGACAAACAGUGACUGCAGUACUCCUAAUACACAAUACAUUAUGAGGGCAAUGGCUGUAAAAUAGGCGGUAGAAAUUUUACUAACAGAAGAACUCACAGUGGGACAGCGCUCGGGAUCAAAAGGUUCAACUUGUGUAUCAAAAUUCACACAAAAGGAACAACAUAGCUGAAAUUGUUCGCCACCUGUGCGCAAGCCAGGAGUGAUGCCAUAAAAAUUAUUUGUUUAUAUCGCUUCGCUAAUCUUUUGGAAAUAUAAUUGAAAAUUGCAAUUAGACCAGAAUUGCAGCCACAAAUGCUAAAAAAAAAAAAAUUCGGCGAGUUCUUACCGUUAUUUGAGAAGAAAUAAAAAGCUAUCUGGAGAAUAUUGCAGAUAUUGGCCAUGGUUCUUUUUAUGUUUCAGCGACGUCUGACCAGAUUUACAGUUAAAAACGUCUUGUUCUUUUUUUGAGGAUCAAAUUGCCCGAAGAGGCGGAAAUUCCGAUGGCCUUAACAUCUUUAAUUAUGGAACUGAAAUUUCAACACUGAAUGAGAAUUUGAAGUAUGGCGAUUACGGCAGUAUUGAGACCCCAAAACUAAUUAGCGACAACGCAAGACUCAGUCACAAGUUUUAAUUUUUGAAUUUCUCGGUCGUCCAGUCGUGAGAUUAAAGUGACGCAGUCAGUGAUUUUAAGAUUACUUUUUGUCUUCGAUUUUUAAAAUCAAGGACAAGAAAUCGCUCCAAGUUGCGUGUUUGCAGUGUCAAAUUUCACAACCGGAAAUCAUACAUUCGUGAUCCGCACGGCGGGUAUUCGUUUUCCCAUAGGAAUAUAUGUCGUCAUGUUACGAGAAUAUACUAUCACAAGCACGUAUCGCUAUUCUAAUAUGAUAGUUUAUGCCUUAAAAUUGGCGUAGAACGCUUAUAUAAUGUAAUGCUAAGGGCAAGCCGCCAGGUAUUGCAUAGACUAUUUUUAAGUAAACAGGUCGAGAUGACCUUAAGAUCCAAAAGCGUAGGAUCAAGUGAUAAACACGGGAAACCGAUGUACUUGACGGAAAUCUACAAAACGAAAUAUGUAAAUACAAGUUGAUGUCUUGUUGAGAAAUGACAUUGUUAAAUUUUGAUCACUGAGUGAUAUCAAAGUGUCUGACAUUACUUAAUUCUACCGUGCUCGAGUGAGUCAGUAAUCAGCGCUGCCUUCGAUUUACGACCUGUCGCAGAGGGCACGAACUGCAUCGUCGUAGGCGUCAACGAACCUGGAUCAGAUCGGAUCGGAUCAACUCUUGUAUCUCACUAAAUGACAAAAGGUAAGAGAUAGGAUCACUGAGAAUGAUCCCAUACGGUCCUAUCCAGGUCUUCCAACGACCCAUCGUCUAGCACAAGCAAUGUCAGAAAAUUGAACCUCUGGGACACUCGCAGCCAGAAAAAAAUAUAUUAAUAUUUAUCAUAACACGAGUCUUGUGUAGGUUAAACACUUCACAUGUGGCAAAAUUACGUGGUCUGAGACUCAUUCCUAGAGGAACCCAGGGAACUAUCAGAGUCGGAUUCGGCCCGGAUGCUAUAUUUAAAAGACGAUAUGACAAACAAAAUAAGUUACGUCCACUCCUUAUCCAACAAACCCUUUGACAAACACAAACACAAUAGUAAAGCCAGAAAGGUUUCACUUGAAUGGGUACACAGACUCCAGAAGGUAGAUCAACCUUAAAAGAACUUGUCAUUUAAUAAAUGAUAAGGCUUGGGACUUUACUGUGGAUUUAAAAUCGUGUAGAAAUCAUCUUGCAUCAAAUCAGUUUCAUAGCAACACAAAGCUAAGAUAAACUUUUCGUGGUUGCUGAUCAUAUUGGUCUAAACGAAAUUAAUGAUAAAAAUUCGUUGAGACAGCACAAAUUUAUAAAGGCUUUUUUUUUGUGUACUCGCAUGGCCUGACUCUUUGAUGUAACCAGUCAAGUGAAGUCUGUUUUGUACUACUCUUACAUUGUAAGUUCUUUUUUAAUCUGAGGACAAAAUCUUAUGGUGUGACCAUUUCACCUAGCUACUGUGACUACACUUGGACCUUUUAGUGUCAGUUUGUCGACAGUAAACUAUAGUAACAAUGAAUGACAAACGUAGGAUUCGUUCUUUAAAAGGCAGUAGCGACUACAGGUAUUUCACCAAAACUUGAAAGUGAGUCGCCUUCAGUUCAAGACAGAAAGAGGUUUACAUCUGGUCUUUCAAUCGAAUGGCCGCAAGCAAGGUUUCAUUUUGUAAUGAACUAAUCGAAGUGCAGGAGGCAAGACACUAGGGAAGAAGCGUCAUGGUAGGUUUCAACAACAACUUAAUUCCUCUUAGCAUUGUGGGUAAUGACAAUUUCCUUAGAGGGUACUCAAUUUAUCACACUGCUUUGUCCAUAAAUGAGAUUCAAACAGUACAGACAACAAACCUGCAACUACAAAUUAAGUCGGUCAAUCGGUUUUCUAUUCCUCAUUGAUCGCCUCAAAACAGUUGGCGCUGGCACGUUUGCAGACUCUUGGGAAGACCAAGGCUCCGAUUCCUCAUCAUCAGCCCUGACUUGUGGUUGUUAUAUUUUGAUAAUGGUGUCUCAAUACCUUAACCGUUUAUCAUGAGACCUUAUUUACUGAUCUACAUGACAUGAACAUAUCUAGUGUUCAAGUCCCACACACCUUAACCUGACCCUCCAAGAUCCAUCUGUCAAUAGUGCUGUUAUCCAUAACCCAGCUGGGUGUAAUUUUCUGGAAACUGCCCAUCCCUAGGUGUCUUCAAAUCCUUGUAUUCCUUCUGUUUUCUCUGUGCUCUUGAUCGCCUGGGCUACGGUAAGUUUCAACCGUCGUCUGCGAGAACGAGGGCGACGUUUCAGCCAGCGUUGCCCCUGUGGUGAUGUGCGAUAUCCCAUUGGUCUGGGCCAGUUGCCUUCUGUAUGCUUUUUUCACCAGUGCGUCGUUCACCUUUCUGACCAGACCGACUGUUCAGCUGCCCCAUUUGAUCGAGGGAGAUUAUAUAAUGAAAUCAUGGUGUGCUUUAGUCCAUAAUUCAUGUCCAUUAACCGAUACAACUUGUUUUGGCUAACCGUGUUGGGCAAAUACGAGACUUAGCUGCUAAUAGAGUGCCCUGUGAUAAUUGAAGACAUAUGUCUUCCCUCGCGCCAAUUAGAAUAACUAUGUUAAUCACCACUGGAACAUUGAUCUUGCCCUGUUGUCAAAACUCUAAGUGAAUGCGUAGCAAGGGUCGGAAAGCCCAUUUCCGUAAGCCUCUGUGCUUUCACUCCCUAUCUUUUGAGUCUUCAUGAGGUAACCGGGAGCGUGCGGUUUCUCUUACCUUUUGUAUUAACCCUUUCACUGCCGGAGUACUUGAUGGAGUUUUGUAAGGUGACUCUAACUUUUGAGUCUGUGGACGAAAUCGUAUGAUGUGACCAUUCAAAUGAAAGCUCUCUGCCUCUACUUGCACAUGGUGCUAUUUAUUUUUCACAAUUUCACAAAAUGAAAUUUGGAAAUUGGUCGAAAUUUGCUUUUGGAUAAAUUUGGCAGUGAAAGGGUUAAAUUUGAUCAUCAUACGCAGAGGAAACAAUGACCCAUCGUUGAAUCCGCACAGCUUUCUUUGUGAAGAUUGCAGCUUUUGGGCCAAGUAAUGUUAGCAAGGGCUGUUGAUCCGUGACUGGCAUGCAUCUUGAAUCAUUUGAAAGGCCUUCCAUAAAAGCUUCGAUAGCUUUCUGGCAUUCCUGUUUCCAAACACUGGAAACUCUUUUGCAAAGCUUACACAGGUGUGCCAGCGUAAUGGUCAUCCCUCGUCAGGAAAGAAUGAUAAUAUUGGACUAUGACUAGGAAGGAUCUCAGUUCACUUACUGCUUUACUUACAUUUCAAGGGAUUGGUCUCUUUUUCUGCAGUGAUUUUCUGUUCUUCAGUGGUAUGGUAUUAUGACGGUUCUCCAGGACAUCUACAAUAUCGACGAAUUGUGUAUUUUUGGGUUUGAAUGGCACCAGGACAAUUUUGACGAGCUGCAACUGCUGUCAGGAGAGGAAUCUAACUCGUUUUCUAUCCUUUCUUCUUCUUCUCUUGAGGGCUACCCUUCUCUGUUGUCUUCCUGAUAUUAGCUCUGAAAAAUACUUUCAUUCCUUCCACCUGAUUCACGACGCUCGCUAAUGAACUCGCCGCUAGGAACCCUAGAAACGAGGAGGGAUGGCUGCUUUCGCAGGCUAUUUCUUUGUGCUUUGUGUAGGAGGAGGCAGCGUGGCCGGGUGGUUAGAGCGCUGGAUUUGCAAUUCGGAUGCCAAAGCCCCGAGUUCAAGUCCCACUCUUGAGCGCUAGCUGGAUUUGUUCACGGUAGUCCCGAGUUCAGAUCCUCGGCCACGCUUGAAAAUAGCCAGUUUGAAUUCUUAACCCAGUUAAGUUUGAUUUAGGCAUUUGCUCGGCCCCACUGGCUUUAGUGCUAUAAAUACUGCCGAGGGUAAAUAACGGAAUUAUUUAUUUAUUUAUGCUCGUCCCUACUUCCUGAAACAGGCUAAAAGUUUGUUAAUCUAGUCGUUUUCUUUGGGCUCUGUGAUUACGCAUUUCUAUAAACGUUCGUACAGAACAAGCCAGUGAUUAUUUGUAAUAACUGACUUUGUUCGCGUCGUGUUGUCGGUGAUACAUUUCCCUCAGAGAAAGCUCACUGAGCAUUUUAAUUGAAUUUUUUAUUAUUUUAUUUUUCGGCUGUUUCCUUUUUUCAGUUAACCAGAAUCACGUAGACAAUAGGUGAUUAAACAACAACCCGGCGUUUGACAGCAUGCGACUCAGAAAAUUCCUCUUGUUGUAAACAUUACGAUAAUAAGUCACUUUUGGUUUCCUUAUUUAAUGGAUUAGUGUUAACACAAGAAGUGAUGUACUGGAAGCAGCAGGAAAUAAUGGUUUUAGCAAACGUGUUUCUUCCCACUUCUAUAAAAAGACAAUGUUACCAUAAUUAUUUUACAUGUGACACUUCCGUUGUUGAAAAGCCUUUGUUGGACCCAAAUUGUCUUGAUAACCGAAUCAGUAAUCGAACCUUGGCAAUCGCUUUAGGUUCUUGCCUGGGCAUGCAAAGUUCUGACGAGUGUCCCGUUCGAAAAGUCAAAAACAGCACACAGAAAUAGAAAAAAAAUGAUUGACAGUACUCACGCGCGAGGACAUUAAGCUCCGGGCGAAAGGUUAUGUCACUACGUUUUAUGUUUUGAUCUCAUGAUCGUCGUUGUUUAAACUUCCAAACGAAACACCAGGAUGUGUCCUUCUUCGCUCGGUUUUCUCAACGUAAUUGCUAUUUUACUAUGUGGAGGACAGUUGUGGUCAUAUUUUAAUGGCGUCAAAGCCCAAGAAAAGGUUUGUACUUUAGCACUUCCUCCACGAGAGCGUCACGUAGAGGUGAUGGGCAUAGCUUAACUUUUAUCUUUGCCCACGUAUCUUGUUCGAGAGGAAACUUUCUCCGUCUCACUUUUUUGGGAUCUAACUUUUUAUGAUGUGGCAUGGUUUUACAGCAGUUCUGUUACCGAAUCUCAUAAGUUUUUCGACUUGCAGAUAAAAUUUACGAGAAUCGAAUGAGAUAAGUUUUCUAACCGCAUUAUUUUCAAUUGCUGAAUUUCUUGCGUCGUGUUAAUAAGCCAACAUUGAUACAAGGGACAUUGACAUACAUGUUGGAUCAAGUCAAACACCCUUGGGCCACACGCAAAAGGUGGCUGUCCUUUGUUGUCAUCUUAUGGCAAAAAGAGACAAUUAGGAACUUGUUUUACUGGAAUGAGAAAAGAGUUUAUAUAUUUUCUGUUUGGAAUCCUUCGUUCCUUUUGUCUAAUUCCAACUGUAAAAUGAAAGUACAAGACCUAUUUGGCAAACAGUUCAGUAUACUGACUUUGUUGAAUUCCCUUGUAUUUGGACUGAUAAAUAAGUAACACAGUUUCUGCUUCGCGUAAUUUUAAGUUCAAUUUCGUGAUCUCAAAUAUUUUGCAAGCUCAGCGUCUCGUUGAAAUCCAAUAAUGGCCAGGAUGAAUGCAUACCUAGUCGUGUUUACCCCACCAUUUGAUACGACAUUUGUUUAUCGGGUUUUUCAGCGGAAAUUUCUAGCCAAAGUCCACGCUAACGUCACUCUCUGUACUAAGUACUGACAAAGUUGAAAUUCAUAAACAUCAAUUUCACUGAAAAUUUCAUUUCUUUUUUUUUCCACCCCGCAAAAGCAAAAAGCCAUUUAAAUCGAAUGAGUGAUGGCCUACCAAAACAGCCACGCUCCUCGCCCACUAGGGACGUUUCGCCUGGAGAAACUCGGCGAGGAGCAAGGAGAGAGAGCGGUUUUCGCAGGCUAAAUGACUGACGACAGAGGAAAGCUAACUUCAUCUACAAUGAAAACGCGUUCAAUGCUUGGUUAAUAUUAUAGCCAUGUCCGAUAACUGCUGAAAAAAACGAGACUUUAUAACUGACACCAUGUUGUUAACGCUGUCACGGUGUUCAAAGUCGAGUGUUUUCUGGUUCUAUCGCGGUUCUAUCCCCGUCAAGGAACUCGGACCAAGGCAUGCAGCGAAUGAAUAUUUUAGAAAAUGUCUCGAAUGAAAGGAUAGCAUUAAAUGUCCUAUUUACGUUAUAUAUCUAAAGUUCCAGUUGACUUAGUGUACCAUAAUCGUCUGAAAUCACCUCCCUUUGCAAAUCCUCAAGCGUUGUGAGGUUAUAUUUUUCAUAAUGGUCCCCAAAAAAUUAAGCAGGUUCUUAUAUGUGGGUAACAGGUAAAUUAUGAUAAACGUUUUAGCCAAGGCGUUUGACUUCGAGAUUGCCAAUUGAUCUUACAAGAAAAUGCCGCACCAAACUGUCAUUACAAAUAGAAGUAUUACUGUAAUUCCUACAACGAAAACAGGUUUAUAAAAAGUUCAGAUUGUAAUUCCCUUCAUGUACUUCGCAUCAAUGAGGUUACAAUAAGUACUGUGUAUUUAAGGACCAAUCUCAAGUUUCUUUAUAUUUCUGGUAGUCAACUAUUAUACCUCGUUGAGCGAAAUUAUGAACCUGAUUAGGGACCUCCUUAGCCUAAAUUGCCAAUAACUACCCCAAAAUAGAAGACUCGUUUUGGCCAGACCUUGAAACGGUGUAGGUUCUUAUACGCGGGUGCAUAUUGUAUUAAUCAACUUUUCCUUUUUUCUGUUUUGUUCUACAGAGUACAUUUGCAGUUAAUUGCCCCAAAGGAAGUUAUAUUUCAAGUCGUGGCUGUACGCCAUGCCCAGAGAACGAGUAUUCAGACUAUGUAAAUAGCACAAAGUGCUGGAAAUGUGAUGCGUGUAAAGGAAGGCACAACCUUGUAACUCAAGUCUGCAACUCUACCACAAAUACGAAAUGUGCGUGCGAGCCGGGCUUCUACUGGGAUGACGCCCUUUUCUGUUUAAAAUGUGAUCGCUGCAAGAGAGGUCAUGGAAUGGUCAAAAACUGCACAUCUGACAGUAAUACCGUCUGUGAACAUUGUGAACACGUAAGGAGGGAAUCGUAUUAUUCAUUCUGUGUUUUUAUAGGAGGCAGCGUGGUCGAGCGGUUAGGGCGCUGGACCUGUAAUCCGGAGGCUGCGAGUUCAAGUCCCGCCCUGGCCGGUAAGGGGAUUUGUCCUCGGUAGUCCCGAGUUCAAAUCCUCGGCCACGCUUGUAAAGAGCCAACUUGUUCGCCUCCUGCCAGUUGGGAUUCUUAAGAUAAUUACGUUCCCUUUGAACUAUUGGACAGGUUCAUUCUUCCCAAAAAGCCCUAUAUGGGGAGAGGAUAUACAGUCGACUCCCGAUAAUUCGAACUUUCAAGGGAAAUCAAAAAAAGUUCGAGUUAUCGGGAGUUUGAAGCAAAUAUCCGGAAGUAAGGAAAUAAGCAAAUGGAUGGGAAAGAAAGGCAAUUAAGCAACAAAGUAUACAGGGAUGGACGCUGAAUUUGAACUGGAGUGAACAAAAAGGAGAGAGAAAGAUUUACUCGGUUGUUUUGAAAUAAAUUCAAUGUUUCGGACUUCAGUACACGGUUUUUUCCUGACUUGUCACGCGCUUAUAACAUGGUUCGAGUUAUCGAGGGUAAGACUGUAUAGAAAUGAGCUGAAGGGAAAAAAAAAUUACUUCGAGUUAGCGGAAGCUAAGGUUUGAGUAAACGAGGGUUCGAGUUACCGAGGAUAAAAUUACAGUAAAUGUAAGAGGGAAAUCUAGGGGGAAUCGACUUUGGUUCUACUUAGCGCGAGGUUCGAGUUAGCGAGGGUUCGAGUUAUCGGGAGUCAACUGUAUUGAUAAAGAUUUAGAUAGACUAAAGCUUCUGUUUUAGGACCUCUUUAUCUUCAAGUUCAACUGAUUAACCCUUUAAGUACCCAAAGUGGUCAUAUCCAUUUUUUCCCAACAAAAACAACAACAUCAGUACACAAUCAACAGAAACGCUUAUGAGAAUUAAUCUUUUAACAAAUCCAACUUAUUCCUUAAGGAAAUGAAUCAAGCACAGACUGGAGAAUUUGUAAGUGCAUAUUGGGCCUUAAAGGGUCAAGGAAGAUGAUGAUGAUGAUGGUGAUGAUGAUGAUGAUGAUUAUUAUUAUUAUUAUUAAUAUUAUUAUUAUCAUUAUUAUUAUCUAUUCUGUCAAAGUCUUUGCUGGUUUUCUUUUUCUACAUCACCCGGGUGCAAACCAUGCACCUGGAGCAUCAAUCACUCAAGUCAAUCAUUCUGCUCAUACACUAAGCACCUUUCUAAGGAGAUCCCAGCAUGCAGAUCUCUUGGGUCUCUGUCACAGUAGCUCUCUCUAAUACUUUCUUGAUGUUUUCUACCAUUCCCUUAACUGUACCAAGCUCACCAACAUAUUAUUAUUAUUAUCAUUACGAAUGUGCUUCCAAAAGCACUCUUAACCAUCGCUGCUCUAGGAUGAUCAUAUUUCUUCAUCAGUUUCAUUUUUAUUUCAGGGUAAGACUUACUCUGACAAGAAGGACUUUAACUCGUGCAAGAAUUGCUCGAUUUGUCCAGAUGGCUAUUUUGAACAGAGAAGAUGUACUAGAAAAAACGACACCAUUUGUCUGAAGGACACAGAGCAAAAUAAAUCUAAGAAUAACUGGAAAAUCGACAACCGUGGAAGGUCGUCUGGGUCGAGGCAAAGAGAAGGAUCGAAACCAAGAUUAAAAAAUAAAAACAGCACACAAUCGCCAAUACAGCAUUCAACUAAUACAUCAAUCUUAAAAAGUAAGUGCAACCUUUGUUGUCUUUCUUCUAAGACAUAGAGUCUGUCACAUGUUAAUUGAGAAGAAUUCCAUGUAGACGACUACGACGACGGUGUAAAACGUCGCCAAUAAAAUGAAUUUACGUCUUUUCAAACUUAAUCGCUUCUAUUUGGACCGCUCAAUUUGUCAAAUGAAGGCACUUUCUCCUGACUUGAAUAUUUAAUCCAUCUUCAGGAAGAGAAAGGAAAAUUCGUCCUCACAUGUUUACGUCCUCAAUAAAACGUGGUAGUCGUGUAGUGGACGUCAAAGAUGUGUACUGAAAGGCAUUAUACACGUGCAGAGUUGUUAACCAUAGCACGUGUUGGUCCGUUUAGACUUAGCAUCCACGUACCUGUCAAUUCUCGUAACCUAUUCUUUUGACUAUGUAGUGAUAUUGUUAGAAGGAACUUUCUCAUCAACGAUUGCAUGACGUUGGGCAAUCUUUGGACUUAAGGAGCUGUGUCACGACAUUUAUUAAAAUUCUAACACUAUGAACCGCCACCAAAUUGAGGAAAACUUAAAAAUAAUCGCUCAAAAUAUUAAAAGAAGAUACACAUAGCACGGCAAAUACAAAAGUAGGCAUGGAUGGACAAACCAGAAGAAGUUUAAAACGGAUUGGAAUUGUGGGUUUUUGAAAACUUGUUAGCCCGUAACAGUUUCUCAAAGUUCAUUUUUGUUGUUUGUAACGUUUGUUACAAUGCUUGGGAGGUAUAUUUGUUGGAAAUGAAGCUGUGAUUCUGUCGUUUACAAGUAAAUUCUUCCUUAACAUUAAGCUCAAAAGCGCAUAAGAAAGAAAAUCUGGAUGGGGGUACCUCGAUAACACUGAACACUUAAUUUUUUGGCUUUGUAACAUGAAACAGUUAAAUUUUAGGCAUUUUAAAACUAACAGUAAAAAAUUGCUUGAAACAGUAAUUUUUUUCUAGAACAAACAAAAGCGACUCCAAAAAGGCCAAUAUUAUUUCGUUUAAUAUGUCAAGGAGUUACGACAAUUCUGGAUUAUUUCUGAAGAUUUCCGAAGGCUACCGACGACCCACGAAGACUGUCGAAAAUUUCCUAAGACUAACGAAGAGGUCCGACCAUUGCAGAAGAUGCCCGGAGGACCCUCCAAACACUUCACUGUAUUUUCUUCGGAAACAGUAAACAUAAAAAAUUGGCCAAUUUAGAAAUUAUGGGCAAAUAACACUAAACACUAAACCCCACUGGGACCCUCAAGAAAGCGCAAUUGGCAAUAUUAACUGAAAAAUGAACCAGACAGUUGUGAGAGGGUAUUAAUGGUAGAGAGAGUUGAUUGUACAUUCUUUUGCAACAAAUGUGUUAUUUUGUUUUAGCGAUUGACGGAUCUUCCUCAUUAAAAUCCAUGGAGAUGAUAACCACAGGGACUGAAAUGCAGCUAGUGAUAGCUCUCGGUGUUGUGAGUGGUUUUGCCUUCUUGGUUCUUAUAGUAACACUUUCUCUGAUGUUCUUCAUACGGAGGAAAUCUAGAAAGUCCACAAAGGAUACUGACAAAGGUGAGACUAUCAACAGUGGUGUUAAUGAAAUUUUCCUACGAGGGGGCAAACAGAUGGCAAACUAAACUUCGUGGUCUGUUUACCUUGUGCGCUACCAGACACGGUUAAAUCUGUCGUAACUAAUGAAUUUACGACAACGCCAACUUCCCUAAAUUCACAGAAAAGUAACAUUGAACAUUGUAUGAAAUAUAAAACUAGUGAAUCGUUUUCAGACGAACUAAAGUCAGACUUUGUUGAAUUUAGUGCUCCUCUGUUUUGCGUAUUUUUUGUUUGUCUUUUGUUAGUAGUUUGUCUUCAUUUCUUGAAACGUUACAUUCCAUCGGGGUGAGGGUCUCUGAGCUUAUACCCUAGAUUACUGACAAAAAUACGAAAAGGAUAACAACAGGUUUUUCCCUACCUUAUUGUAACGUUGUCCAAGCUACUGCCAAACAAAUAAGAAAGCCUAGAAUUAUGGAUUGUUCUGAAGAGCAAGGGCAUGGUACAAUACAGAGAGAUCAUUACAUCUCUUUUGCAUGCGUCUAUUUAUCCUUCGUUCGCCACUGACUUUUCAUUUGUCUUUCAUCAAACCUACAGAAAGAGUGGAGGAUCCUACGCCGUCUGCCUCGGCUACAGAAGUCGCUCGAGAGAACCCUUACACAUCUCUUCCGCACAUUGGCACUGGUCAAGGUUGGUUAAUUGUCAACUCUCAUACUCUUGGUGGAAUUUUUACAGCGGUCAAACGUGAAACUCGUGUGUAGCUCGUGUGUGAAUAUUGCUGGGAAAUUGAAACGGGUAAUCUUAAAAGGCUUCCUUAAGGCUUCAAACAAAGGGCAUCCACAACGCCUAGAAAUCGUCACUGUAGCAUCAUUCUACACUGUAUUCUCUUUGCUUUGUCUCUUUUCGUACUUUUGAGACAACCAUUCCGACCCAUCUUUUUCACGGUCCAUACUCAUCCUGUCCAUGCUCUUCUCCAAUUUAGCAUCUGUUUUCAUCUUCCUAUCUUUUUACACAAGGAAUCCGAGAGCUGGACCACAACAUUCAAAUCGGUUCGGUUCCAGCUUGCUCGGCAAUGACUGCCUCUGUCAAGUUCUCUGAGUCACAGAGGUUGAUUUUACCCAGUUUCACCUGUAGGAAACAAAACGAAUGACGUACCCGAAGUAACAGGUUCAAGAAGUGAGAAGAUAUGGAGGAACACCGCAACGGCUGAGGUCAAUUGCUGCUGCCCAAUUUUUACUUUGGUUAGCAAGAAACGCUGGUCCUUGCGUGGUGGAGGAUGAAGCUUGUCUAAAUCACAUCUGGUAUUUUUUUUAGUGGUCAGGUAGGGCGUCAAGCUUAAUGGCCUACCACAGGUAACUAUGUAACCCGGUACCCCUUGAACUUGUGCGGAGAGGAACGAGUGGAAGAGAAGAGUUCACCGAUACCGCUGAUCCAGUGGAGAAGUGGCAGAAGGGAGGUCAAACAAAUCGGAAACGCCUCAUCACAAGCGUGGAUAAGUGUAAUCCCCUUGGAUAAAUACAGCCAACUACAUUCUUCUCCACUACAUCGCUUGCUCUGAAAAUACUUUGCCGAUACUCUAAAAUUUAUCUCGUACUGUAAUGAGGAUAGUGUGAAGUUCUUAACGGUAUAUCGGAACUGGUCUUCUCUGCAACCUGGAGAAUGGAGUUUGUUUGUGCCUUACAGCUUGCGAGAAAGAAGCCUUGUAAUGCAAGCACACCAACUAACCUUGACAAACGGCGGAACUCAUUUUAAUGUGGAUUGACGAAAAAGUGACGCUGGUUUGCUUGGUGGAAUUCCAAGGAUACCACGUGAUCUUCCAGUCUGCAACUCAUUCCCAACCAGUGCGAUUGUAUUAGAUCCUUAUUGUCCUUGGGAACACAAAGUAGUCGGUGCUGGCCAGGUUCCAUGACGUAUUUAACACUUUGGAGGAUUGUGCGAACGGUUAAAAUCUGAGUACCCUACGAGGUAUUAAAGGGUCAAACGCAUGACUCCUAUCAGAUCGCACUAAGUACGAGAUGCCCUUUCUUGGACAACUUAAAAAGAAAGCCCUUUACUUUUCUAAUGGAACUUUAAUUUUUUUCCUUAACGUCAAGGAACAAAGAUUGUGAACUUGCUGUCUUUGUUGAGGAAUUGAUUGUUAUGCCUGCCUGCCUGCAUACUCCAGUGGCCUUCUUGACUUUUGUCCCUAGACAACCAAACCAUUCGCCUUGUGUAGGGGAUUUUUCGUGGAGCACAUUGCUGUCUUUUUCUUGCAAAAAGUGAUCACUUUCUCCUCAAACCUCUUGGGUUACAUGCAGUGAAACCCGUAUUCAGCGGAUCUGCCUUAAGCGAGCACUUUAUCAAGUGCCGACAUUCAUUUCCCUCAAUGACUGAAACACUGACCUGUGUUGAGUGGUCACCUUUAUUCGGCAGUCACGGUCACCUUUUCCGUGGUCCAAACAAGCUAUUUUCUAUUGCCUUCACCUCUAUGAAACGGUCACUUGGUCAAGAUGUACCACACAAGUGCAAUAGAUACAACGAGCAUCACAUUCAGCGGACUUUUCAUCCUUUCUUUUGGCACAAAAACGGGUAGAAACACUUUGAGUCCAACUUGACAAGUUUUGGAUAUUUCGCUUUGUCAUCAACUUUAUUUUCUUGAUAAACUUUAGGGUCUGUCAAACCUUUAUUAAGUGGUUUGUUGGCUGUUCCCCAAGGUUGACCGUGUGAAGCAAAACUGACUAUACCGUCUCACAGUGCAAUCUAAUGUCUGACAGUCUUCGUCGUUGUCGACGCAUGGAGUGGAUUGUUUAAAAACGCGUCAUUUGUCUUUUGAGCUUGUCAAUAUUUACCUGAUUGGUUGUCACGCUCUUAGCCGUUGGUUUUCCUUUCCCGUCUUCGUAACAGCUUUAUGUGUGAAGUACAUCUGUAUCCUUCCCAUUCGUAGACAAACAGAAACUUGCAUGUGUUUUUACGCUUGACCGCUGUAACCUGUAUCGCAUGGAAUUUACGCGACAUUCACUGUGCGCCUUUCCACCUUUGUAACAUACAAAAUUUCGAUUGAAAACAACGUGUAGAAUAUCAGUCGGGGCGAAAUAGCUUGAAACGGGUAAUACGCUUUUUUUAAACUAAUCUUUCUCUUUUGCUUAGAAGUUCUCAUUCACACGCAUAUUUUUCUAUGUCGCGUAGAUUUCCUGUUGAAACCUGCAAUGUAAUGUAAUGCCUUUUGACUGUUAAAAGGGCAUUUAGUAGCUAAUAUGCGAGGUUGACACUUCUAGCAUUGGUCAUCUUGCAUACGUCUUGCUCUUUAGCCGUAAAUCUGGUCAUGGCCAAAGUCAGUCCUUCGCUUUGUAGACUCUUUCCUUUACAGUCAGUCGGCGUGUUUCCCAUUCGCUUGAGUUAAGCUGAGUCACGGUUUAGGCUAUGUAAGUUAGUUACAAGGAAGUAAAUGUUGUGGUUGAAAAUUUUGAGUUUGAAAUUUUCCAACCCAGUUUAGUAGAAAAUAAAUAGCAAACUGGUUUCGAAUAUUUCAAACCCCCCAAAAUUUUAACCACAACAUGUAAUAGCGAAAGACAUUCUAAACCUGACGUCUCGAGAGCUGGCCCAUCGUAAGCAUUUUGGGGUGCUAUGCUCUAACCGCAGUUCAUUAUCCCCUUGUUUUACCCAUUUGUCUCGAAACAUAUUUCUGUUUUCGGACGCCAUAUUUGUGUGGGGGAAAAAGCAAAAGUAACAUUAUGUUGUUAGACAUCAUAUCUAAAGGGUUUUAAAAGAAUUAAAUUUUCCAGUCCCUCUAGCUGCCCUUGUCACGGUGUCCCAGUUGAAACUGCACACGAGGUAGCGGGAGGGCCGUUUUUCGGAACGGGGUUUUAUGUUUUCAAAAAUGCGAAUGCAGAACGUUCACUGUAGUUUUGCCGUUUUAAACUCCCACAUCAAAUAUGACGCCAGAACCCAGUAGUGACCAGUCAGAGGGACAAGUAUACGUUUCAUUCCUUUACUUAUGCAGCUGAAGUGUCACCGUUUCUUUAGAUACUAAUUCUUUAUGCAAUGCUAAGUAAAACCACGCUAUCUGUACUAACCAUAACGUAAUUUAAGGUUUGACUGUUUAGACUUGGAAUUCUGUUUUUGCUCUGUUGUACCUUUGGAAGUGGGGUCCUGCACGUUUGGAGAGACUUUUGGCGGAGUUGUACCUUUUAUUUCUUUGGCGCCUUCAAGUACCUGCUUAUUCUUGUGCUUCGUCCUGGCCUUCAUCAUCCACACUAUCAGCCAAAGCCUCGUCUUCGGGCUCAUGGAAUGUCUCUUUACAUAGCAGAAGCCGUUAUAUCCAGCGAUGCAAACAGUUUUGAAGAAUCGAAUGUGUUCGAAUCAUUUGCAAAUGCUGAUUUCCUUAUCGCUGGCAAGUGUUCCUGGGAAACUGAAAAAAGUGCUGUACCUUCCAGGGUCACGCUCAAGAAGAGAUCUGCCUGUGGUACUUCCUGACUUGAAAGGAAAGAUGAUCUCAUUUGAUGCACCGUAAUGCCAUCUGUAAGAGCUUCAAACUCGAUUGUCGUACCAACAAAAACAACGAAUUCAGGAUUUGCAAACAGUACUAGGUGGUCAUUAGCUAACUAGGAAAGUCAGCACCUACCUCUCAACUCAAAAUCAUCCGAAGACCUUGCCUCUCUUUGGUUUAUUCAUGUUUUGACGAUUUGAACCUGUUUGGCCCUGUUAGGAAAACCAGCAACCCAUGACAAAGUGUACCUUCCGCACUUUCUUUCACUAGCUUUUGUGCCCAGGCCAGUCCUGUUUUGCCUUUAUUCCUUCUAGAAUCAUCGUUUCUAGGUUAUUGGUAUAAACAGUACUUCCUAGUAGCUGGUAAACAAAACCGAAUGGAACUGUGCAGCUACAUGAGGGCCAUGGAAAUCACUGGAACAAUAUUUGUACUCCUGUACACUUAUCAAUUUGGUGAGAUUAUCAAACUAGCUUUCUAAAUGCUGAGGUUGGGACCACUUCAAGAUGGCAUUGCGUGGCACAACUUGUUCGUCAGACUUUUAACUUGUCGAGACAUGGUUCACAACACUUAACCUUAUGAUCCACAUCAGGACUUAGUAGAAGCCGCGCAUCACGAGCAGCGUUCACUUCAAGCUUGUCGCUGGUCCUGCAGAACUUUUUAAACUACACCAAAAUAUUCUUCUUGAAUCCAACCAGGAUUCCCCUGUGGGCACGAAUCUCUGGAGAUAAAUUCGAUAAUCAUUAGUGGUAAUACGGCGUAUGCUUUUCAGUACCUCCUGGAGACGAGUAUCACGACAUUACAGAAUCAAGAUGCCCGAAUCACUUGGUUUCUUCCUAUUUCCGUAAAUAGUCAACAGAAAAGAGUUGGUAGUUUCAUUUAUCCUCAAAAUUCCUUCCCAGAGGCUCACUAGUUGUUGCCAAGUUAUUGUCCAAUCCAAGGAUCACGAAUGUUUGGAAUUCGAAUGUUGGUUUGUUGUCAAGAGGCCAGAGGCAUCCUUAUGGUACAUUACACCUCUGUUUUUUUUUGCACUUCAGCUGUGGCCAACGUCCACGCGUGGAGCACACACGUUUCCUUUGGAUGUCCUUUUACCCAAUUUUAUAGUCUAAACGGUUUGCUGCGGCUGAAACAACUUCUCUUCAUCUACACACUGAAAACGGCUGGGGCUUUUUCCGUGCCUUAACGUCAAAAAGCUGGCACCCCAACUUCAAAUUUACCCUCAUUGCUGCUUUUGGCUGGCUGAGGUUGUGGCUGCCCAUUUAGGAAGUCUCUCUGUGUUGGGUAAGGUCAAGUUGUUGUCCUAUUGCAAUGAAGUGAUUAUGGCGUCUCCAAGGACCUAACUUAAUGGCUAUACUGCAUAACCCACUCCUUGUCUUUUAUCCAAUUGUACAGUCGAUGGUAGCUGACUCCCUCUCCCUUCAAUUUCAGGGCCUGGGGAAACUGGCCCCCCAAGCAGACCGACAGACGAAAGUGAUUGUUCCCAACCUCAUCGGCAAGAUGCAGGUAGUCCAACAAAUCGAUGCCUUUGUUCCCUUUUUGAUGGGAUACCCACAUCAACUCGUCGAAAUCAUCAAUCCGCUCAACGCAGAUAUAUUGCGUUUUGCAAGGCUGAGGGUAGGACGACUCCCAAUGGCUCCCCGCUCCCAGCAGACGAACGGACUCUGAUGCAUUUUUGUACAAGGCUGGUCGACAAUAUGAAUCCGUAUUCCUCCAUUAAAUUACACUUGUCUGCCGUGCGUUCACUCCAUAUGGACAAUGGUUUAUGUGAUCCUCUGCUCAACUGCCAUCAGUUGGAAUAUCUUAUUAAAGGAAUUAAGCAAGUGGAGGGUUCGUCCAGUCCAAGGCGUCUUCCCGUUACGAUUGAUCUAAUGAGGAUAAUCCACCAGUCUUUGGAUUUUACUUUCCAGGACAAUGUUAUGUUGUGGGCGGCAUGCUGCCUUGGUUUCUUUGGUUUUGUAAGGACAGGCGAAUUCACUGUUAACGGAUCAUCCUUUAAUGCAGAGACUCAUAUGACCAUCAGAGACAUUGAAGCCGAUUCAGAGGUCAAUUCCUCUUUCCUAAAAGUGCACAUAAAGCGCCCUAAGAUGGAGCCGUUUCGUAAGGAAUGCGAUGUUUACGUUGGUAGAGGUGAUACUUGUAUGUGUCCACUUGAGGCUAUAAUCAACUACUUAGAGGCUCGCGGAUCGACUUCAGGGCCCCUGUUCCUACAUCUCGAUGGCACACCAUUAACACGGCAAACGUUGUCGUCGACAUUGAAGUCCAUCCUUGACUCAGCUGGGUUUUCAAGUGCUCACUCAGGAUACAGCUUUCGGAUUGGGGCAGCUGAAACUGCAGCUUCACGGGGCGUUUCCGGUCAUCUCAUCAGAACGCUAGGGCGACGGUCCAGUAGAGCCUACGAUGAUUACAGCAGAACUCCUGUCUGUUCGAUUCUUCGUGUUACCAAACAAAUACUUUAGCAGGUACGAAUCGUGCGGUCUUUGUGUGGACAGUGGCCGUUAAAAACUGCUUUAAAUGAUUUCCAUCCCCUGGGCACCAAGUCUCCACCGACACUAAUAUUUUAACCUUGUUUUUAACUGUAACCUUUUUUCCUUCCAUCCGUCAAACCAUGGAACUAAUCAAUUUAAUUUUUACAAAAAUAUCUGGAAAAACCAUAUUAACGCUGGUAGUGGUUUUGUCUUGGUGCACGCUAGCAUCGAUUUACUUGGAUGUGCUUGAUAUGGGGUAGCCAAGUCUUGGCCCUUUGUCGCGUGACACUAAGGUCUCCACCGAGAGCUUGGUGUUGGAUGACACAGAAAGGUCCAGGACUGGAGCAGAUAAGGUUAGAGUAGCGAUAAGCACGGCUGUGGAUCAAUGUAACGUUAAGAAACUUUCUAUUUGUUCUUUGCAGAAAAAAUGCUCCGCGAUGCACCAUAUACGCUCAUCAGCGACCUUGCCAAACUUCUCAACCCUGGGGGUAGAUGGAAAGAGCUUGGAGGUCGUCUUGAUUUUAACAAUACGCAAAUAGGCAACUUUGCGCUAGUGCAACAGAAUGCCACACAAACAAUGCUAGAAGAAUGGGGCCACAGAGAUUGUGGGACAGUCGUAGCCCUCCAAAAACUAUUUCGUUCAAUGAAAUGGACAAAAGAAGAAAGAAUAUGUGCAGAGUAUGUGUAGCGCUGCUUUUCGUGUUUUCAUCCGUCCGCUGAUUUCUUACGUCAUUCUCAAGAGUAGUGAGAAAACAUUUUUGUCGUUGUUGUCUAUUCCUCGUAUACGUGGCCUUCUACGUGUGUAUCUCCCUUUAUUUAUUGGAUGCAUCACUCAAGAAAUGGGUAAAAGAGGAAAUAAUGAGAGCGUUCGUGUAGUGUACUCUCUUCUUCAAUGUGUUAGCCGUGCGUUUUUUAAUGUUUUCAGGAAUUUUAGCAGUCACGAUUUUUCAUUUCCCUUUGUCCAAAAGGAUCAAACAGUACUCUGGAUUAUAGAAUUGUGAUCUCUAAACCACUGACAGUGUUUAAAACUGUGAAAAGCUUUACUUAGGGUGCAUUUUGGCUGAUAACAUGCAUGCGUACAUUUUUGAUGGAUUCCCCAUUCUCGAAGACUUUAUAAGGGCUGUCAAAUAAUGGCAGAAAAAGGUUACAAGAAAAACGAGAGAGCCCCUGGAAAGUUACUCCCCAUCGAGUCAGUUCCAGAAGCUUUUGAAUUCUCCAGUUCGUUUUGGCCAGAAGAUGUUUUCAACUCAAUCAGAAGUGAGGGUUCGUUUUUGUCGUUAACUUUGCCAUUAGCGAUUAAGCCCGUAAAUAUCCCGCCCCCGUGUCUCCGAGAAUGUGGAUUCCCAGUUCAAAGUAGCUUAGUCGUUAUUUGGAACUGUUUGUUUUCCCUUUUGGGCAUGUUUUAAAAAUGGAAGGUCGUGGCUUAGUCUCAAUCAAUACGCUUCUAGCGAUAACUUAUGUACAGUGCGUCUUAAAUUCUCGUGUAUAAUUUCUUAAUUUAUUAUUACUUCGCGCUUGUCAGUGGUUUUAAAUGAAACGGAAGAGACUUUAGAGUUCUUUGUUAUUGAAAAUAGCUCUCAGAGAAUAUUAAUUUUUCUUUAGAGAAAGUGCUUUGGGUAUCUACGCAUUUGGCUAAGAAACAAAUGAAAUAACUGGUAUUAAAAUACCGUUUAGUAGUCACGUAGUUGACAAAACAAUGAUAAUUUGUACUGCAACCGCUUGAAACGGAAUAUGCCUCUCCAAAAGCUACAGGGACAUUUGAACAAUGGGAUUCCAGGGAUCAAUUUAGUAACUGAAGAUAGUUUUAAUUGGCCAAAGGCGUCCAAAGGUAACGAUUAGCCAAUCGCAGUUUUCACCUGAUUCUGAUCGCAAAGGCCUGGUCUUUAGUCUCCCUUAAACUUCCCCAAAUUUCACUCCGCAUUUCAAAAACGAAUAGUGACAGCUGAAAUGUAGCACUACACGAGUUGGAUCACAGAGCUAUCACAAAAAAUUAAUAUUGAAGUCUGAUGAAAUGGCCAUAACUGACUGAGUUAUACUUUUGUAAGGGCAAGAUCAAGAAAUGAGAGCACUUGUUAGAAAAAAUAACAUAAUGGGAACUGUCCGUCGCUUCGAACUCAUUACUCAUCUUGUAUUAUGAUUUUCUUUAAAAAGCACUCAUAGCCUGAUGAAAGAUUCUUUCUUUGCAAAUAGAUACUUAUAGCUUGGACAGUUGUUUUUCUCAAUAAAUAAUGCACAGUUAGUCUUUGCAAAAUCUAUAUUUUGGAAAAUUUUGCACAAAUAAUAGAAUUUUCUUAUACCGAAUUAUUUUGCCUUAGUCACGGCCACGUUUGAGGAUAAAUUGGUACCGUUAAUAGUUGUUGUGAAGUUUUGGAUUCAUGAAUAUAUUUUAAUGUUGAAGAUUGAAUUUUGAGGAAUUUUCUGAAAGCCAAAAACGAUUCGUUAUUUUAUGCGAUAUAAAUUGAUAAUUAUACAAUGUUUAAGAGGAGAAUAUUUUUGAAAGAAAGUGAGAGGGUUUCAGAUAAUCAUAUAAUAUUGAAAGAAUAAUAUUGUGUACAACAUAAAUCCUGCCAAUGGGAUGAUUUUAUACACAGGCAAAUGUUAGGCCAAAGAUAUUUUGUAAAGAACUGUAAAAAUUGAAAAACAUUCUUACACAUAGUUUGUGCGAUUAGGACUUAUCUAGUGUUAAUUAAGUUACUACAGCUGAAAAGCACAUUAUUCAAAAUGGUUUUACCUCGGUGAAAGGUAAACGUUACUCUCGGUAUUGCUCCCUUAGUUGUUCUUUUCUAUUUCUGUACUGUUCUUGAUCAACUUUGUUUAGAGCAUCAUUAGCAGUUGUAACACCAAAGUAAAGCCAAAAAAUUUUCUAACGUUCUUAGAAUUUACUUUUUCCUAAGUAAUUAGCCUCUUGUUAAUGGUUCUCUGUGGUUGGGCUUUUCCCAUCAACCUCAUGUCUCCAUGGAAUUGCCAAAAAAUGUUAUGGUAUGUCAUCCGAGUUUUCCUUUGUGGUUUAAUUUUACCAAUGGUUCAAAUUUCAUUUGUUUUUUACUAACGUUAGGUAUGGUAGUGUAUUAUAAUUAGUUUCAAAUAGAGGAGAGUAAAAUUUGAACCAAAAAUAAAAAAUUUAACCACAACAUAAGCAAGGCUAGGGAUACAUAACCACAACUAAUUUUCGUCCUAUCCAGCAGCACUGUCAGUGCAUCUUUUGAUUAGCUUUUGCAUUAAGGUGUGAUCAUUCUAAGCUGAACUUCCAUCUAGAGGUGAAAAGUAGUCCUAAUUUCAGACAGAAACGCAAUUGUCUCUCUCUUUAUUUUAUUUUUACUUUUUUUUCUCACUCAAGGAGAUGUGGGGUUGAUGAUCAUUUUGUUUCUUAAGGUUUUCUAUUACCUGCCACAAAUAAAACGCUUUUUAAAAAGGAAAGGUUUUAUUGACUUGGGAGGAUUAAAAAUCUUAUUUAAAAUACCUAAUUUAUUCACCAGGCAGUCGUUUUUGCUUGGACAUUUAAUGCAAAAGUAUUUAAAAUCCAAAAAUAUUUUUGCCAUAUUCAAUGACAAUGUUAUUAUGCUGUUGUAACUAUUAGCAUUAAAAAGAUGUUCAGAUAAACUUGUCUCAGUGUUUGUCAAUAUGGGGGGAAUGGGUUGGCUGGUUGUGCUGUUCUUUCUUGGUCAUACAUUACUUAUGUACUGAAGUGGGG